AUGACACGUGGUACUAUAAUAGGUAUACUAAGGAAGACACGUGGUACUAUACUAGGUAUACUAAGGAAGACACAUAGUACUAUACUAGGUAUACUAAGGAAGACACGUGGUACUAUUCCAGGUAUACUAAGGAAGACACGUGGUACUAUACUAGGUAUACUAAGGAAGACACGUGGUACUAUACUAGGUAUACUCAGGAAGGCACGUGGUACUAUACUAGGUAUACUAAGGAAGGCACGUGGUACUAUACUAGGUUUACUAAGGAAGACACGUGGUAUUAUACUACGUAUACUAAGGAAGGCACGUGGUACUAUACUAGGUUUACUAAGGAAGACACGUGGUAUUAUACUACGUAUACUAAGGAAGACACGUGGUACUAUACUAGGUAUACUCAGGAAGGCACGUGGUACUAUACUAGGUAUACUAAGGAAGGCACGUGGUACUAUACUAGGUUUACUCAGGAAGGCACGUGGUACUAUACUAGGUAUACUAAGGAAGACACGUGGUACUAUACUAGGUAUACUAAGGAAGGCACGUGGUACUAUACUAGGUAUACUAAGGAAGGCACGUGGUACUAUACUAGGUAUACUAAGGAAGACACGUGGUGCUAUACUAAAACGUAUACUAAGGAAGACACGUUGCUAUAGUGACCAGAAACCACAGAUUAGUUGGUCUCGCAUCUUUUUUGAGCAGGCUGAGAGGGAGAUUGGUAAAGUUUGUGCGUUGUUGGUUUGUCAAUCGGUGGAAUGUGAGAAGAAAGGAGAGUUUGUUCAAGUUAUUCUAGGUUUAGAUGAAGAGUCCCAGAUGAAUAUGAAACACAUCAUUGAAUUUAUACUUGUUGAAUCGCCUGCCACUGGAUUAAGACCUGACUUUGCAGAUGUGUUGGAUCUCCCUUGCCAUGAUGAAGCAUCUAGUAAUGGACUGGACACUAGUUUGUUUGUAGGGAUGAAACUGACGUUUGCUAACACUCCAUCACCUCAUACAAGCGAUAGUGUAGCUGUGGACUUGCAACAGCAGCAGCAGCAGCCGCUGCCGCCGCCAUUUAGGUUGGUUACUCGUUGUGCUGCCACACAGCAAUACUACAGCAAUUCGCCAACUAAGCAGUUUUUAAAUUCUCCUCAAGUUGGCACAAAGAUUGCCCUUCGUGAGAACAAAAAACAAAUGGAGAAGUUGACAAGAGAUUUGAGGACUGAGAUGUUCUUGCGUCAAGAAAGAGAACAGGAAUUAGAAGAAAAUAAAAAGUACUUGAUAGAGAAAGAUUGCAAAAUUGAUCAACUAAAGAGUGAAGUAAAGGGCUUGCAGCAUCUGCGCUUUGUUGAAGAUGAUCUGAAAACCAGUAAACUUGCCGUGAAAGAAGCACAGGAUGAGAUAGCAAAAUUCACCAUGAUUACCAAACACAAUGAGGCCUUGCAGAUAGAGAAUUCUCAACUUCAAAAACGUCUGACUGAGGAAACCUACCAUCACGAUCAACUACGACUAGAAUGUGAAAGGAAUAAACAAAGUAUCCUAGAUAUUAUCAAAGAAAAAGACGAAUUACAAAGUCUAAAAGAGGAGAGAGAAAACGCACUGAAAGAUGAAAUUCAACAGCUUGAAGAAAGAAUUUGCCAACAAGCUACUGAAGAAGUUCAGCGCGGUGAAUCCUUGGGAUUUAUUUUGGAAAAAAGAGUAUCUGAUCUGGAGUCAGAAAAGGAGAAUUUAGAGAAGCAGCGAAAAGAACAAUACACUGCUUUAUGUGAACAGAAGGAAAAUGAGAUUUCUACCAUGAAAGCAGCAUAUGAAAAUAAAUUAAUUAAAUUCAGAACCACACUGGCUGAGCUGGCUUCAGAAAAGCAAUGUGUUGAGAAUCAGCUAUGUGAGAAGGAAGUAGUGUUGAAUUCUAAGAUUGUAGAGUUGCAAAAUCAUUUGGCUGCUGAGAGAGAACAAAACCAGAAUAAGAUGUCAGUCAUGGAAGCAAGCUAUGAGAGAAAACUAGCCGAAGUAAGAACACAAAUUACUGGCUUACAGAAAGAUUAUGAUGCAGAGACUCAAAAUAAACGCAGUUUGACAAAAGAAUUCCAUUGCAGACUACGUGACAUAUCACAACAGCAACAACAGAUAAUGGAAACCACUCGACAAGAAAAGAACAAGUAUGAAAAAGAUCUGGCGGAGAAAAACAAGAAAAUUGUAGAAAUGGAAAAGACACAAAAAGAACAUGAUUUACAGGAGUGUUGCCUCAAAGAGAAAAUUGAUAAACUUUCUAAGCAGCAAGAAAAUGAAAUAAAUCAUUUGAAACUGAAAUAUACCAAGGAAAUCGGCCAAAAAGAUUCUGAGAUAGUCAGUCUAAGAAUGAAAUACAAUGAAAGAGUCAAAGAGAACGAUGAGUUAAAACAGACCAUUGAGAUGGCACAGUCCGAGAUGGGUCGCUUCAAUCGUUAUAAAGCAGAAACUGACAAAAAAUUGCAAGAAAGUGACAGUCGAGGUGAUCUCUAUAAAACCAAGUUGCAAAAGUUAGUUAAUCAAUACACCAUUCUACAAACAAAACACGAAAGCCAUUGUGGUGAGACCAAUAGUAAAUUGAGGCGACAUGAACGUGAGAAACUUGAUCUGUCAACUCAGCUGCAAAGUUUGCAAAAUGAGCAUAAAAUGUUGAAAGAAAUGCUGAAAACCUUGGAGGUAGAAAUUACAAAUGUAACGCACAAGUUUUCCGAAGAACAGAAAACAAAUGAUAUCUUGAAACAUCGUCUACGUUGUUUAGAAGUCCAGUUCCGUCAUGGUGACAGAGAACUAAUAAAAGCAAAUGAAGCAUCAUCCUCUCAUUACUUGGCAGAGAACUCUGAUACAUCAAUGUUGGACGAUACACUUAUUAGACAAGACAGCUUAGAACCAGAUGAUCAUACGUUGUGCUUGUCUGAUUUAGAAAUAUCGCAGAUGUCGCGAAGAUCAAAACCUUCCAACUUGGAAACCAACCAGUUCAGUAGUCGGGAAUCUCUGACAAGCAUCAAUUCCAAAAGAGCCUCUACAAUCUUUGAAAUAACAAUGACACGCAAGACGUCUUUGGAAGAUGACACAAUAUCCGAUAAGGAUGAAAGUUUUGAGUUUGGACAUCAUGUUAUUCCCACUUUGAAAUCCAGUCCAAGCUGUACUUUGGAUGCUGUCAAUAAACAAACAACAGGAAGGGCAGGUUUUGUACUCAUGGGAGGCUGUGAGGAUGAACCUGAACAUUUUGAUUGGAAUAGAGUAUCAGAAAUGCAACGUAGGAACACGUUGUGUCCUCCACAUCUAAGAACUGCAUAUCCCAUUGAGACCCAGCAUGCUACACCAACUAAGGUUGAGGAGAAUGCAUUGAAAAAUAAAACAGAUCAGGAGAAAGUCAGAAAAAGGAAAGCUGUUGUGUCUGAUGACAAAAAUCAUGGAGCAAGAAGAAGGCUGCGGUCCUCAGUGUCGCAGAGACCUAACAAGACUCGUCGAGUAACUCCCAGAAAAUCAACUUCUGCCCAGAAGGAAACUGUGCGGAUUAACAAAGAGUGUACAGCAUUUGAUGUUGGUUUUACACCAUUAAAAGAUAAACAAAACCGCAAAAGUUUAAGAGUGGCUAAGAAUGAUAACAGAAAGGAAACUUGCGAGUCUACAGCUUUCAGCAUUGGAUUCACCCCAAUAAAGAAGAGAAAAGCCAAGUUGACAAAGCAAAAGAAAGAAACUGAUAUCUAGGGGCAUGGGCCGAAAUGGUACAAGCUGUAGAUUUCAUGUGAAUGUUGGAUCACAAAAUGAAAUGUUAUUCAUGAAGCAGCAUUUUAUAAGUCAUAUAUGUUGUACUAAAUCAUGUAACAAUAAAAUUACCACUGCCUGUCAAAAUCAGAUCUAUUUAUUUUUAAACAAAUGUUGUCCCACAAGACUGUAUUAUUUCUUUUUUUCUUAAGUAAUAUUGAAAUGUGUAGCUUACUAUAUUUAUUGUUCAUUUCUUGUCAACAUGUUUUAAAUAGUAUGUUUAACUACUCUCGCCGCCAUUAAGUAACAUUGCCUGCUAAGUAGCUGACUGGUUUGUUAUGCACGUCUUAAGAUUGUUACGUGAUUGCAACAAGCAAAUCACAUUUAGUGAAAUAGCACUCUCUUGUAAAAAUGACCUAAUCUAACCAGUUCAAAUCACGUUAUGAUCUUAUGAGCAUAGCCAAUGAGUCGGCAAGUUAGCUGGCAAUGGUGCUGUUUGGAUGGAUUAAACAUUGUGGUUGUGACAGUGAUCUAAAUCUAAAAAAAAUAAUAUUACAUAAUGGAAACUAUUUUUUUGUUUUCAAUUUACUUCUAUAAUAUUUACA